AUGGAUUCGAGGGCUUUGUUCACUGCAUGGCAUCAGGGUGACGGCCAAGAUGGAGCGGCCAUCGCCAAGGCUACAUUUGAAUCGGUUAAGAAACACUUCGAGCAGAGCAACCUAAGCGACAAAGAGAAAGCACUUCUUCAAGACUCAUCCUCCCUCGAAGAUGUUCAAAAGGCCGUCGACGAAGCAAUGGCCAAGUACGAGGCCAAAGCCGAAUCGUCGAAAACAAGAAAAUGGCUCCAAAGAUUUUCCGAAACCAUCUGUCAUUAUAGUCAAGUCCUCGAUGUCUUUGUACAGCAUCAUCCCGAGUACGUUGCCUUGGCCUGGGGGACCAUGAAGCUAGUGUUCAUAAGUGCCGUGAACCAUUUGGAAACCCUAGAGCUCCUAUCAACAUCCCUCCUUGAAGUCGCGCAGCGUCUUCCACGGGCCAAGGUUCUCUCGAUGCUUUACCCAACGAAAGAAAUCCGCGUCGCCGUUGAAAGGCUCUUUGCCGCGAUUCUCGAGUUCCUUAUGAUGGCUCACUCGUGGCUGAAUGAAUCCAAGUUCCGCCAUAUUUACCACAGCUUCACACGCCCACAUGAGCUUAGGUAUAAGAAACUACUUGAGAGGAUGGCGAAUUGCACCAACGAGAUCAACGAGUGGGCGGAUGUAGGGGUCCGCACUGAGAUUCGAAUCAUGCACACGGGUUUCAUUAGCCAACUUGAAAAGGCCAUCACCGCUGUACAGAAUUCGACGAGCGAUACAGAGCAUCGAAUAGAGGGCCUAACUCGUGCGGUAUCUAACCUGAGGGACGAGGUCAGGCAGCAACACAAGCUGUUCAUGCACAAUCUAGAAGUUUCAAGGAGUGGAACUGGAACUGAUCAAAUUAUAGCAAGGAUUGAAGCCCUCCACUCCAUCACGACCAGUGGUCAGCUGAAUACCAACCAGCAGCUGUCGGAGUUGCAACUGUCCCAAGCCCUCAACAGCUUCUCUCAGCAAUUUGAGGACCCUGAUCGGUGCUUCAAGCAGAAUCUGUUUUUCCGAAAUCGAAGAGCUUCUGGCCGGGGCAAUCCCAUCUCAACCAACGAGUUCUGGCUGUCCCCGAAGCUUGCAAAGUGGUCCUCAGGCAGCAGCUCAUCCCUGGCAAUCAUCAAGGGCACCUUCACGUUACGAUCCGCCAUUCAAGACUUUGGCGUCAAUGUUAUUGAAGCUCUCUCAACGUGUACCGUCUCGACGCUCUGGGCAUUGGCCAGCUCUCGGAAGUCAAGGUCAAGCCCGACGCUGACAACGACGGACCUGGUGAAGUAUCUUACGUACCAGGCAUUGAAGCUUCCCGGGGUUGUUCAGACAGAGAAGCAAAUGUCAUGGCGCUAUUUACAGCUUCAAACUGCAAGGACGCUGAGAGAAUGGCUUACUCUGUUUAAACAUAUCAUCGAAGGCCUGGGAGGACAGGUAUAUAUGAUUGUUGACCUAUCCAUGGCGGGAUCCCUCCUAGAGUCUGUGGAAGGCCUCAAUUUCAUCCAAGAAAUGAGCCAGGUUCUGAGCGACGUGUCUGAAAAGGAGAAGGGCACCAAGAUCAAGAUGGUGUUCCUAGCCUACGAAGCGGAAUGGUUCAGACUCAUACCAAGGGCUCUUUCGGAUAGAGUUAUCACAGUGAGGUCAAUGAGAACAGGAAGGCAACGAGGAAAAGAAAUGAGAAAUUCGAUCUGCAGGCAAUUCGUUUCUUCUCGUGGUACAAGACAGACUCGGCGAGUUUAG